AUGACCUCGGCCCCUAUUCCACUCCAAUUCAGGCCCGGCCGCCACAACCAUCGAACCCCGGAGCUUCCCCGCCGUCGCCAUCCAUCCUGCCGCCGUGAUUUCCUCCGUUUAAGCCAAAUCUUCGCCGCCGUUGAUUUUCCGACGAUUGUUAUCGCUUUGGGCACCCAUGCGCUGCCGGCGCUUGUGGUGGCGCGUGGGGGUGGUGACGACUACACUGAGUUUGGAGCCCCGGCUCAGCCGGCAUCAGCUGCCACUGCUCCAGCACUGAUGGAGCACCACCGACACCACAUCGACCAACGGUACUGGUGCCUCGGGGGCACCACCAGUAUUGUCCUAUCCCUUUGCAGCCAAGAGGAACACCCGAGGGCCGUGUCGGCAGCUGAAGACGGCGAAGGUCACCCGGUGACCAACAAUCGUAUCAGCAUCGGAUAUGACGAGCGCCAUCGGGCUGCACCGACGGCGGACUUGCAUAGCUCCUUGGCCCACGACAUUGGCCACGUCGUUUCGGACCCAUUGCCCGAUGCAAUGGAAGUCUUGGAAGGUCAUGCCUGA